AUGCCGCGCGGCAAGAUCGAGAUGAGCCUCAUCGGCGACGCACGGGAUCGCGCCAAGGCCUUCGCUCGGAGGAAGGCGGGGCUUGUGAAGAAGGCGAAAGAGCUCACGAAGCUCUGCGACGUCGACAUCGCGCUCGUCGUCUGCUCCGGCCUCGACGGCGGCGGCGCGCCGGCCGUGUGGGAGUCGGACCCGGGCGUCGUCAUCGACAGCUACCGCAGGCUGCCGGCGGACAAGCGGGCGAAGCACACGUACCUGGACUACGUCAACGGCCAGCUGGGCAAGGAGGAGCGCAGGCUCGACAAGAAGCGGAGGCAGGGCCUUAAGGCGCUCGCGUGCCCCGGCGAGGCGAGGCAGAAGGCGUUGGGCGUCGCUGACAAUGAUGGCCAGCAGCUUGGGCAGCAGGUGUCGUCGGACGCCGUCGUGCCGGUCUCUGUUGGGCAAGGGAAUGGUCCUCCGUUCGUCGGCGGCGAUGACCUCGACGACAUUCAGGCUUGGGUCGACGAGCUCAUGUGGGACGGUGCCGAGCCGCUUCCGCUGAAUAAUGCCAGCAUGAUGCAGCCCGCGUCCGGCGUGAUCCAGUACAACAACGGCAACGACGUGGACAUGCUCAGCAACCAUCAGUGCCAGGCGCAGAUGCCGCCAGGCAAUGGCGAGAACGGCUACGGUAGCCAGCUCCCAUGGCACGCCUACCAGCCGGAUACUACCGUCUCUUACCCUGAUCACGGCUUCCCAUGCACUGGCAACAACUACGGGGACAUGGGCGAGUACUCAGAUAUGCCGGUGCCGAGCAAUGCCGAUGCCUACGACGGCUGGUACGAUCAGGCCUGGUGGGGCGCCGACGAGUCGUCAUGCGACGCCGCCGUUGCCGUCUUGCCAUCGGCGGCGUCGUACCCGUCCCUGGACAUCGCCGUCAAUCCUGCGUACAUGCCACCGCAGCACGAGCACCCCAGCAUGGGCAUCGGCAGCCUCAUGGAUGCAGGUGGCCACGAGUACGAGACGGGGUGCUUGGCUGAUUACUUGCAGUGCCCGGACGCCAGCCAGCAUUUUGGACCGCUGCAUUACCUCAGUGAUAUGGCACAGGGCAUUAGCUACUGUGAUGAUCUCGAAGCAGGCGGCUGCAGCUCUGGAAGAGCUCAACUCUUUGCUCAAAGUCACAGCUGCUCUGGGACACCACAGUUUAGUGGUUCAGAGCAGUCCCAGUCAGACGUGAACUCUGGAAGAGCUCAACUCCUUAAUCAAAGUCACAGCUGCUAUGGGACACCACAGUUUAGUGGUUCAGAGCAGUCCCAGUCAGACGUGGGACAUCAGUAUCGGGAUCCAGGAGUACAGCAUUUUUGGGUGAUGGAAGGGCCGCCGGGUUCAACUGAUGUCGCCACUGCAAGUGCCAGAGCCAGAGGGGGAGGGACAUGGGCUAACAGUGGAGGUCUUUACCGACCAUGGAUUAAGCUAACAGGAUCUGAACCUCUUGUACUAAGCAUAAGCAUUUGUUCCAGAUGA